UCACACUCUCUCUCAAAAAUAAAUAAGAAACCUUUAAAAAAAAAAAAAAGAUGUGCAGAGAAAAUGUAAUGAUUUUGUCUGAAACCAAUCUAGGCCUCUCCAAGCCUCCACCUGCUGGUCAGUGGGCCUACCUUCUCCUGGCUACUGGGCAAAGAACCGAGUUCCCUUGUGGCUGAGCUCCCUCCCACCAUGGACGGUGGGCCCAGAACCCCACCUCCUGCCUUCAUCAUCUCUUCAUUCACCUCAUGCCCUCAGGACACACAUGUUGAACCAUUCAUUCUCUUGCUUUCCCUCUUUCUUCCCGCCAUUCCCACAGCCCAAAAGGGUGGACUUUUAUAUCAUCCUUCUUCCUCCAACCUCAUGUUAUACCUUUGAUAUGCUAAAUAGCAUUAAAGAAACUUGGAAGAUCUCUCAAAACGACAGCUUGGCUUUUCCAGACAGAAGUGCUACCUCUGCAUUUUUCUACAAUGAAUUCUAAUCUCUCCUGGCAAAUAGAUGCCUCCCAGACUAGGCUGCGGGCGAAAGGCAGAAGCGAAACACACAGCAGUGAUUCUUCAAGACCUCUUGUUGGGCACGUCCCACAUUGCUGCCUUGGACUGUUGAUGGUAUUUAAGCAAAACGGAAAAAGUGAAUGAGGAGCAUUUUUUGGAAGGAAGUAAAUUCAGCACUAGGCCCGUUGAGUUUUAUGUGCCCGAGAGGAGCAGAUGCGUGAAUGACCACGUGGCCCGCAGGUGGCAGGCCGAAGGAGAGAUCGGGGCUGGAGCACGGGUCAGGCGUUGUCAGCCCUAGAAUUCUGCAUAGUACGUUAAAUUGAGUCGUCCUUACUACCUUUCCUGGGGACUGACACCUGUGUCCCCUAGGAAAGAUCCAGGAGCCGCAGGGAGGAGGGAAUGGCUAAGGGAGGUCACGGACAAGAGCAACACACGGCAUGGAGCGGUCCUGGCCUAGGCUGCCCAGGUCUGCCCGUGGAGCCUUUGUGCUGUGCGGAGCCGGGGAGCGGGGGUUACGUCCGCAUCAGGUGGCUGGUGGCAUCAUCUGCGUUAUCUGUCUUACUGUUAGCGACGGCGAGGCAGUUGCUCCCCCGGUGAGCGAACGGAGGCUCUCCCCCUGGGAAGGAAGGACAGUCUUCGAGGGAUGGGCACUGGUCAGGACUGCACGUUGCUGGGUGCUGACGCAGGCCCGGCCUUCUCCCGCCGGCAGCCGGCUCCGCCCUCCUGGCCUCUGACCACUUCCCACUGCCUCCUGAGUCCCUGGGAGCCUGGGAAAAGCAGUGCACGGGAAGCUCCAAAGCUCUUGCGUGUAGAAGGUGUGUGGAAGGAUAGGGUCGGUUUCCUCGCGGUGUCGCGGUGCCCGCGUAACCUGGGGGAAGAGCGUGCUCCCCCGUGCAGCCGUGAGCUUGGAAUUGGAAGUGGUAUUUAAGGCUAGAAACAGUCAGAACUCUUAAGGAGGAUGGACGGGGAAACGGACUGUCGGUCAGAAAUACUGAAAGGCACAGAAAGGACCACUUAGGUGGAUACGAUGGAAUUUAAAACAGAAAUCUGGAUUAUAAGGUGGCUUUUUACUUUUAGCAGGGAUGGAUCAUCCCAUUAAUGGUGUUGGGACAACUGAGUGGCCAGCUGGAAAAAACACGGUUCUAUCUCACUUCCGUGUACAAAUAAAUAAAUUCCAAAUGAUUCAAAGAUUUAAAUGUAAAAAUACAACCACAAACACGUAAAAAACAUGGUCAGUUAUAGUUACAGCCUGGGAGUGGAGCGUUAGAGAGUAGCUCACAGACCCCCAAAGCCGUAAAAGACAAGACCGAUAAAUUCAGUUACACAAUUAUAUGCCAUUUCUUCUUGGCAAAAUAAAAAGUAAAAUAAAAUUAGAAAGAUACAGAGGCAAACUGGGAGACGUAACCCACGUCCCAAAGGGCUCCUUUCCUAAAGAGUUCCUGUAAACCAGUGGCAAAAAUGUGUACUGAAACAAGGAACAGAAGCUGUGGCCGGUUCCUGGGGAAGGAGGAUCGAAUGGCAGUCGUGUGGAACACCAAGAGAUGCCCAGUUUCAGGCACCAAGAAGAAAGAAAAAGAAAGACACAGGCAGCCACCACCCUGGAGCCGGAAGACGCGGUGAGACCCCCAGGGGGCAGAUCCUUCCCGCGGGUGGCAGGGGCCGUGGGGGUGGGGGAACAGCCAAAGGAGAGUCCGACGGCACCCGCGCCAGAGGGGCUAGGCUGGUAUUUUCCCGUGCCCGUGCAGAACCCAAGUUGGCCCCACUCCCUAGUUCCAGAGCUUUCAGCAGGUGACUUUCAGGAAGAGGGGCACGGCAGCAGCAACAGCUUCCGGCUCACGCGUGGGUCGGGCGAGGUGACCACCGCCCCCUGGGCCAGACCGGCGAUGCCCAUUUCCGGGACGACCUUCACGUUCCGGUCGGGCGAUCGUCGGAUGUUUAGCAACGCCGCACUCGGGAAGGAUUUUCGUCGGGAAGGGUUGGAACGGGAAGCGUAUUUUCGCCUCCCCCGCUGCAGACCGUCGGGCCAGCCAGCCCCAACCGUCCCGUCUCCCGGGGCGGCCACGGCAGCAGCGCUGGCGUCCACUCCAAAUCCUGGCGAGCCCGGGCGGUGCUCGGAGCGCAGUCCCUGCCGCUGGCCUCCUGCCUGCGCCGGGCACCGCCUUUCACACCACUUUCCCCUCGUCGUGUCGCUUUUACAAGCGUGAAAGGAGUGAGCGUUAACUAGAGAGAGAGAAACGCUGGGAGUGUAAUGCUGAAGUUAUCCCCGCUGCACCCAGCCCCCUUUUAAAAUGUCAUCUUUCUCUCAAAUGCCCCUCUCCCCUGGGGCACUCGCACGUUUGGGUCCCCACGGGGAGGGAGGGGCCACGGCCCGGGACCUCGGCGGUGCCGCCGCGCCCACCGUGACCGACAGGGGGCGGCGCCGCGCCGACCCGCCGUCUCCCGCGCCCGGGGCCUGGCUUCUCGGGGAGGCCUGUCCCGGGCGAUCUUUGGAACUGGGGGCGUCCUGUCUCGGUCGUUAGUAACGUUUCCCCUCAACAAGUUCACUUUUUCCAGCGUCCCUGCUUCAAAUCUUCCGGUUAUUCGAACGGCUUCAGAACCAACUAGAAAGCCUGUCUGCCUCCGAGGGGUAUCUGUACGUGGUGCGUCGGCACAGGUGCCGCUGGGCGCACGACCGGAAGGGCCGGGGGAGGGGCGGGGAGGAGGGGGGACAGGGCAAGAGCAGCGCCCCCCCCCCCGCUGCCCGGUGGGGGGUCUCCAGUCACAGCGGGCAAGGCGGCGGGGGGAGGGGGUGCCCUGCUCAGCGAGCCCCGCGUUGUAGAGAAGGAGCCGCAGCACCUCGUUGAAGAAAUGUUGGUGUUUCCCCCCCAAAAAGCUCUUUAUGGAUGUGACCUCUGAUUCGCCUCAGUACCGCGUAGAUUUUUUUUCUCCGAGCUACUCAAUACUGCAGGCUCUACUGCACCUAUCACUGCUUCCCAGGGUAAAAAUAAGAGCAUUGUCACGGAGCAUUGUCAUGGGAUUAAAGUCUCUCUCUGAAAAUAGAUGCGCUCGUGGUUUUGCUUUGAUAGUUAUUUUCUUCAACUGCCCGGGCUUUGCUCUGGCAUUCUGAGAGCAGCCAGGGAUGACGAUAAUAUUUCAUCCCAUCGUCACCUCUUCCAAAUUUCCUCACCUGAAUAAAAUGUCUGUACCGUUAAUACCAACAGAAACACUGAGCCAAGUCCUGGAAGGAACACACAUACCACGAAGUGAAAUUCCUUACGGUGUCUGUCUUCCAGAAAUGACACAUGAAGAUUCUGAAGGACAGUGCCCUGCUCACCAAAUUAAUGAGGUCAAAGAGAGUGAUCUAGUUGAGGACUCUUCCAGAAUUAAAUAGAGUCUAAGCUAAUGUUUUGAUAUAAGUUAUUCCUCGUAACCAAUGAAUGGCAACAGCUGGUUCGUUUCAGAUCAAGGUGGGCGCCACCCUUCUGCACGCAGGAGCUUCGCCUGCCCCAAGGACGGACACAUCAAAGAUGGCUUUGAACCCAAAUUCUGCAGAUAGUUAAGCCACCCCGUGGGCAUGAGCUAUGUUUUUCCUUUGAAGAGAUAUUUCCCAGCUGCACUGAAUGUGUGGCAUCUGCCGUGACAAAAGAAUGAAACCCUUUGAGCAGUUCUGGCCCUCAUUCUGAUUUCCCUUUCUCCCCCUUCCUCUGGGAAAGCUUUUUCUCUAAAUUGUCUUCCACAUUCUUUUCCAAGCCAUCACUGUCUCUCCAGGCUUCCCUGAUCGCCCGGAUGAGCGGAUUUUACGUGGCGUCAAUGGAUUUUCUGGCUGUAGGUUUAGUUUACCAACUACCCCCCUCCUCUCCCCUC